AUGGAUCCUGCGUAUCCUGUGUGUGCAGAGAAAGUGGAGUUCCUGCAGGCCCGUUGGCAAUCAGACCCCUGUUAUGCGUUUUAUGGGGUGGAUGGUACCACUUGCUCCAUCUUGACUUACCUCAGCCAAAUAGAAGACUUCUGUCCCCAUCGUCUUGGAAGGAACCACUCUGCGCUGCCGUGGCAUCAGAAGCCUGGCUCUGAUAGAGAAAAGGCUGAGAUACGCAAAACUCUGAGGCCGCUGUUUGAGGCGACCAGCAAUGACAGCGGUUCGGCAAUGAAGUUCAUCCGGUCCAGAGUAGAAAGAAUGUCUGAGCGGUGGAUACAAGCUGGUCUGAGAAUGAAGCAGAGCAGCAAUCGGACCAGCUCAACCCAGAUGAGGGUGCUGCUUUACCCCGGGGCCCUGGCUGGGAGUGUUGGCCAGCGUUUUGAAGCCAUGGUGGAGAGAGGAGGUCCUCUGGGAGAGCUGGUCCAGUGGGCUGACCUCAGUGCCUGUCUGACAAUCCUGGGCCACAACCUGACCUUCAGCACCUCACAGCGCCAACUCUCCAGCUUCAUAGGUGCUGCUCCAGGUCGAGGCAGUUGUCCAAUCCAAAGGCCCCUCACCUUCGACCUCAUCUACACCGACUACCACGGCCUUGCUCAUCUCCAGGGAGCCAUGGGACUGGCUUUCCAGCAUUACCAGUGCCGCUUUAGGAUCUUGGACUCAUUUGGAACCGAACCAGCCUUCAACUUGGCGAGUUAUGCUCAUAGCCACGGAUAUAAAACACUGUGGGGCAGCUGGGGUCUUCAGCCUCUGCAGUACAUGACCAUGUUCCCUCAUACUCCUGAUAAUUCAUUCCUGGGCUUUGUGAGUGAAGAGGCAGUGAGGAAGGAGGUGAGGGAGGACGAGCUCGAGCCAGAGAGCUACGGGAAAGAAAGGAUAGCAGUCGUGUACGGAAAACAGGACUACAUGUGGCAGGGUAAAUCUGAGUAUGUGAAGGUGAUCAGCGAGGAACUGGAGACUCACGCUACAGUUUACCAGCCACCGGGACACGCCUCAAAUAUACCCAGCUUCAUCAGAAAUCACGGACUGCUGACUCAGGAACACUUCCUACGACUUCUCCGCAGGGCUAAGCUAUUUGUGGGUCUUGGGUUCCCCUAUGAGGGUCCAGCUCCUAUCGAGGCAAUAGCUCUGGGCUGCGUCUUCCUUCAGCCACGUUUUGACCCUCCACACUCAUCAGACAACAACGACUUCUACAAGGGGAAGCCCACCACGAGACAGAUUUCCUCCCAGCACCCUUAUGCUGAAGAAUUCAUCGGUAAACCAUACGUGUGGACCGUGAAUGUGACCAACAGCACCGACAUACGGGAGGCAGUCAGAGCUAUUCUGAGCACCGAGGUGAAGUCUUUCACUCCUCAAGAGUUCACUUGUGUGGGAAUGUUGGAGCGGGUUCAUGGUUACAUCACUCACCAGAACUUCUGCAGUAAAUCUGUGCCUACUUGGCCACCAGAAAGCGCUCUCAGGGUGCACUUGGGUCCACUUGGUCAGUCCUGUGUGAGUGUGUGCCGACGCUCCUCCCUCUUCUGUGAACCAGCUCUCUUUCACCACCUCAACACCCUUGCUGCGUUUAGCAGGUUGGGACUUGGUUGCUCCAGCACGGUUCAGGAGACCAACCACCUGUUUCCUUCCUACAGCCCUUGGGGUCGUCACUGUGGCCUUCAGCUGGAGCCUCUGCUGUUCAGUUGUGCCGGUUCUGACCUUUCAUACCGCAGACUGUGUCCCUGCAGAGCUCACCUGCCUGGACAGGUCGCACUCUGCCCUGACUGCCUCUAA